AUGGCUUAUUUGAUUUUGCCUAUACACCAAUAAUUUAGAGUUGGUGGUAAUUAUCUGCCAGUAGUUGGGUUCAUCUAUAAGAAUCAAUUACUUUUCUUUUUAUUGUCUUUAGUAUUGAAUUAGAGUAGAGAUCAAAGAAGAGUGAUUGUCUUUGGAAUAUAUAAUUACAGGUAAAAUAAUUAUGGAAAAAAUGGAAGAUAGAAUAAUAAGUGGAGAGAGAGAAACAAAAUUUUGGUGAAUUAGAGACAUAGUUGGUCAGUAAAUCUCGAAGAAAACCAAUGUUAAGGAUGUAAAAGUGAGACCUGUUUUUUGAUCUGGUAAGACAACAGAUGUUUUGGAAAUUCAUUCUAAUGGGUUUAGAUAUAUUGA